AUGCAUUCGUUAAUUCUCAACUGGUUAACGCUGGCCGGCGCAAUCUUCAGUCCGGCCAUCGCGUCCCCACUGGCAUCCGCUGCAUCCGUCGCACCCGGCCAGCAGCGAUGCGCAGCCUUCUCCCAGACCCUCAGCAUCCCCAACGUCACCCUAGUCUCGACGGCGCACUACCCCAGCCAGGCCAACAUCUCCGUCACGGGGCUGGUUGCGUCGUGCGCCAGCGACACAGGCACCACCUUUACCGCCCCGACGGACCUCUGCCGCAUCGUCAUCAACGUCGCCACCUCCCCCUCCAGCAAAGUACGGCUGGAGGCGUGGCUGCCCGACUCGUGGAAGGGCCGUCUCCUCUCGACGGGGACGGGCGGCAUCGGAGGUUGCAUCGAGCACACGGCCCUGCAGAUGGGCUCUAGCAUGGGUUUUGCCGUGGUUGGCACCAACGCCGGGCAUGACGGCAGUUCCGGGUUCGACUUCUUCCUCAACCACCCCGAAACCAUUGUCGACUUUGGCCACCGUGCCAUCCACGUCGAGGCCGUGGUAGGCAGGCAGCUGGCGGCCCAGUACUAUGGCGGCGAGGCUUCGCACAGCUACUACGCCGGCUGCUCGACGGGCGGCAGGCAAGGCUUUACGUCGGCGCUGCUGUAUCCUGAGGACUUUGACGGCGUGCUGCUUGGCGCCGCCGCCAUCGACUGGCUGCACAUCGUGGCGAGCAAGGCCGUGCUCGCUGAAAGGAUGGGCUGGCCUGACCUGGCCUCGCCGCGUUACAUCCCUCCGUCGUCGUGGUCCGCCAUCGAGGCCGCCAUGAUCAGGAAGCUGGACCCGCUCGACGGCGUGGUGGACGGCGUCAUCGAUGAGCCGCAUUCGCUAGACUUUGACUUUAGCCUGCUUGGCUGCGCUAGCGCGACUCCUCUGCUCAACGCAACCGUCUGCCUCACCGACGUACAGGUUGAGGCCAUCAGGACCGUCUACCAACCGGUAAAGUCUGCCGCGGGCCAGGACGUCUACCCAUCUUUUGACCUCGGGUCAGCGACGGGUGUCUUCAGCAACAACCAGUUCCCCGCGGGCGUCGCAAACCUCACGUACCGCGUGCUGGACGACUACUGGCGCGGUGCCGUCUACAACGAUACCACUUGGUCAUCGCAGCAGUUCAACCUGUCGCAGAUGGAUUUCGCCGUGGAGCUGAACCCCGGCCAGAUCAACUACGCCGGCGGCGUGUCGCACGACCUGUCCAAGUUCCGCAACCGCGGCGGGAAGGUCUUGACGUACCAUGGGAGCUCCGACGUAACAGUGACCUCGGCGCUGGCUUUGCGGACCUAUGACCGCGUCUCCGAGGCCUUGGGUAGCCUCAAUGCCGCCGAGAUGCAGGAGUUCUACCGCCUCUUCUACGUGCCUGGUCACAUGCACUGCAGCGGCGGCGCGGGGGCUUGGACCAUGGGUCAGACGUCCGCGCCCAACCAGUUUGUCAACUUUGGCGGCAACGGCGAGUUUGCCGACCGGAGACACAGCUUGCUCAUGGCUAUGGUUGCUUGGGUCGAGGACGGUGUAGCCCCGGAUUACAUGGUUGGAACCAAGUUUGUGAACGAUAAUGUUAUAUCCGGACAAGUGGCUGCCCAACGGAGACAGUGCCCGUGGCCGCACAGGUCAAAGUGGAAUGGGGUAGGGGAUACCAAGGAAGAAGGGAGCUGGGAGUGCGUCUUACACGAUGGAGCAUAG